AUGAAGAUGGCAGAGUCUGCCUCGCGACAGCCGCUUACGAAAAGCUAUGACACUGCCUUUGCCCGCUCAUGUAUCAGCAGUAUAAAUUAUACGGGGUGGAUGGGUCUUCGAAUAGAGAUGACCUCUGUAAAAGUCACCAAACUCAUGAUGUAUUUCAAGCUCGUUGUUCUACUCUUCGUCACCGAAUUGGUCGAUGCUCAACACACAGAGAAUGCUGCUCGCUGUGUCGCCAAUAGUCCCAUCACUGCUUUUGAUGGCUGCAAAGCCUGGGACUCUCUGGUAACGUCGUGCGGCAGCUACGCUGAAACCUCGGACGCCGAUGGCUACUUCAAUUGCUAUUGCCAACAGGCAUAUCUGAAUGCUCUAUACGAUUGCAGUAAUGAAGAGCGUCUGUGCCUGCCUCAAUCUGUGUCACAGAUCGAUCUUGGAUUCGUCGACGACUACUCCUCGUGGCACAAGUGGUGUGAUCCCGUGGUGAUCUAUAGUCCCACAACGCCGGUUCUGUCUUCGAUCAGUGUAUCCUAUGAUCCGAGGGCGUGUCCGGCCGCCUCGACUGCUUGUGAGCAGAUGUCCUACUCACGCAGUCAAUGCCUUUUGACCGGCGAAACCAGCGACACUACCGCCUACAGCUCUUGUGUCUGCGAUCCUGACAUACUUUCACUGGAAUACACCUGCAGUGUGCUUGGGAAUGUCAGUUGCCUACAAGUCCCCGCUCAUCUCGAUCAGAUAACCGGGUAUUCCCACUGCAGCAACAUCAACGCGGUCCUGACCAUUCCUGAAUCUUUGACAGCUUCUCUUGGGCCCGGCACGACAAACCGGGUAACGUAUUUUACAGCACCUUCAGCAAAGGCCAGUCAAGCAGGGACCAGCUUUCCAUCAAGCACUACGGUCUCAAAUAGAGCUAGCUUCGUGAGCAUCAAUCGUAUCCGAACGUCAAAACAGCUGCUAGUCCUGUCGAUCGUCUGGACAUGGCUCGUUCUGGCCAUCUAG